AUGAAGUUCCCACGCUGUUAUUUCCCAGAUGAUUCUCCUACAGAAAAAAAUCUUCACAUUUUCUGCGAUUCUAGUGUGAAUGCAUACGGCGCAUGCGCGUACCUUGUUUCCGGAAGUCACAGCACACUUGUUAUGGCCAAGAACAGAGUAGCACCCAUUAAGCAGCUAACCAUACCGAAGCUCGAGCUUUGUGCAGCUGUCCUGGGAGCCAGACUGUGCCACCAUAUUAUCACCAGUAUAGGGUGUCAGAGAGUUUACCUGUGGAGCGACAGUCAGAUUGCUCUACAGUGGAUUUCAACAUCAAAGAAACAACCCUUAUUUGUAUCCAACAGAGUACCAGAAAUACAUGAACUGACGAAAACAUACGAGUGGAGAUACUGCUCUACAGAUACCAACCCCGCAGAUAAACUGUCACGUGGUCUAUCAUACGACAAGUUCCAUGACAACAGAUUAUGGUUCCAUGGUCCGGAUUGGCUGACAAACACAGCCAGUUUUCCACUGAAGAACCAGUGUAAGAAGCAGAAGAAAUAUGGCGGAGAUCUACAUCCUCAUGAACUCGACACAGCAGCAAGGACCUUAAUAAAACAUAUACAGUACGUGAGGUUUCCAGAUGUAUUAGACUACCUGAAGAAGACCAAUUCCAGAUGCAUUAAACCAGCAUUAGUGCGGCAACUAGACCUGUACCUUGACAUAGACCAAAUACUACGCUGUGGAGGACGUAUUGCCAACGCACCAUUACCUGAGGAAACACGAUUCCCGUACCUGAUACCAUCUAGAGGAAAACUUACUGAGUUGAUAGUUACAGACGCUCACGAAACACAACUUCACGCAGGCUUAGAGAGUACAGUCACAUACUUAGGUCAACGUUUUUGGAUUCCCGGUAUACGUCGACGUGUGAGAACCAUCAUCCGCACGUGCGUCAGGUGCCGUAAAGUGACGACAAAGCCUUAUCAAGUACCAGAUCUACCCCCUCUACCCCGUGACAGACUCAAACACGCACCUCCGUUUACCGUUACCGGCAUUGAUUUCACUGGAGCACUUACUAGUACCGUGAAAGCUACAGACGGAAGAUUGCUGAAAGUAUACAUCUGCCUGUUUACCAAACACUCGAGCUGUACACCUGGAAAUAGUCACGGAUAUGAAGAGAAAAUCUUUUAUACUAGCUGUUUGCAGAUUUAUCAGCAGGCAAUCCACACCAAAAGUAUUCAUGUCCGACAACGCAUUGACAUUUACAGCUACGGCCAAGAUUAUGAAAGAAGAAGUUUUGAACCCAUAUGGCAUUACCUGGAAGUUCAAAGACUCAUUGGACUCACCAAGACCAGUCUGAAGAAAGUCCUUGGAAAGGCGUUAAUCAACUUAGAAACCCUCCAGACGCUCAUUACCGAAGUCGAGUGUAUAAUUAACGAUCGGCCGCUGACCCAUUCAUCAACAGAUCCAGCAGACGACGUACCCUUGACGCCCUCAUACUUACUAUACGGACGAAGAAUCACGACACCUAUCUAUCCAGACGAUCGAGAAGAACCGGAAGCAGACGAUAUGUCACGUGAUGAAGAAGACAAGCUAUACCGUUUUAAGUCUGCUACAAUUGAACAUUUUUGGUCCCGGUGGAAGCACGAGUACCUUACAUCGUUAAGAGAGUUCCACAAACGUUUAGUAGGCGAAGGCGAUCUGAUUCGAAUUGGCGACGUAGUCCAGAUUCACGACGACACAUUACCCAGAAGCAGGUGGUCCUUAAUUGUUAUUGAUGACGUUGUUACUGGAGCAGACGGACGUACACGUGCAGCACGAGUCAAAUCUAGAAAGGGCAUCAUCACCAGACCUAUAGAUAAACUUUAUCCGCUUGAGCUGAUUGAAUAG